AUGAGCAAUACUAUCCAAGAGGAGACUGCAAUUCUAUUCCAGGAUACAAAUAUAUACCUCCUCGACAUCCCGUAUUCAAUCGCGCUUGCGCAAGAAGGGAGCCCGACACCACACCAACAACUCCCAGAAUCAAGUUCAGGAACAGAAAAUACAGGAAAUACCAUUCGCAGGAAGAAAGCGAGCCUACUUUCAUGCGAACCUAUAAAAGAGCCAUUCCCAUCUACUGAGCCCAAAAAGCCAAGUGCUCUCGCCAAGGUUCUCGACAGCAUUCCCCUCUCUGAGAGACGGUUCCACUCGGAACUGAUACUGCCACUUGUGAGGGAUUCACUCGAAACCAUCAAGGCCGGAUUUCCACCUGAUCGCCGAUGGUGUAAGGAUCGAGCAGUGCCUAGUGCAUUUCACGAUAGCACAUGGCGGAAUCAGCAUCCACGGAAGCGGCGGAGGGGAAACGAUUAUACAUGCUUAGAGUCUACGCCCGAGGACCAUGUUUCAACUAAAAAUGAACCACCUAUGAUUCUAUCGACUACCUCACCGAAUGAAUUCGAGGCUUUGUCAGAUCUUGCCAUUGUCAAGAAUCCAUCGCCAGAGUCCGCAAUCGUCAGGGUUGGAAGCUCGCACGGUGAUGAAACGAAUCCUCCAUGUGCAUAUGUGGUCCCACCUGAGUCGAGCUUUGUGCUUUGUACACUACCUCUAUUUCAAACUGAAGUCGAUCGUCCAUCUACAUCCAAUGACUAUCCUAUCCCCGGGGUCCCCAAGCACCAGAAGUUCAAUCUCAUUCUCAUGGACCCGCCCUGGCCAAACAAAUCCGUGCGGCGCAGCAAGCACUACCAAACACAUCACUAUUCCGAAAUGGAUGUACUUACGGAGGGACUACGGGAUAUACUCCGUGCGCACUCGCACAACGAAAUACAAGAUGGGCUACGUCAAUCUGAACCCCACACUGGACGCCCGAUCCAAAGCGAACAGUCUAUAGCUGCUAUAUGGAUCACCAAUGCAGAAAAGGUCAGGCGAGCAGCAUAUGAGGCUUUGAGAGGCGCAGGCUUUUGCAUCUGCGAGGAAUGGAUCUGGGUCAAGACUACAUGGGACGGGCAACCGAUCUCAGCACUGGACGGUCUUUGGCGAAAACCAUAUGAGAUCCUUGUCAUUGGCCGUAAAAGUAGCCAUAAUGUCAACGUCGACGUUAAGAACAACAAUCUACCGCCACUUUCUCAAAUGGAUGAUCUGACGCGGAUAAGUGAGGCCAUUACCACGAGACGAGUCAUCGCUGCGGUUCCGGACUUGCACUCUCGUAAGCCAAAUCUGAAAUUCAUUUUUGAGAAUGUGUUUUUCACAGAGGCUGGUCAACUCCAAGAGUAUUCUGCCCUCGAGGUAUUUGCGCGCAACUUGACGGCUGGCUGGUGGGCUGCUGGUGAUGAGGUUCUUCGGUUCAAUGCCCGUGACUGUUGGGUCGAUCUUGUUAAGUAG